AUGGCCCCGCUCCGUCUCCGGCACCUGCACCUCCCUAGCAUCCAUCCCCACUACAUCCCCUACCGCCUCGCCGACCGCGUGCAACAGCAUCUCCGGCGACAGCACCUCGACUUCAAAGAUGGAUCGGCCGUCCGGCCACCGCCACCGACGCUGAUCUCAUUCACCCCAUCCCCCAUCUACACCCUCGGCCGGCGCCAGAUCACACCCCUAACCAGCCCGGAAGCAGCCCGCCUCACCGCGCCCCUGCAGAUCCCCAUCCCAUCCCCGCUACCAUGGCGCAAAAACAAAACAACCCCCCCCAACACCGACACCACCACCACCACCACCACCCUCCACCCCCAAAUCCUGCACUCCCCCCGCGGCGGGCUGACCACCUACCACGGGCCCGGCCAGGCCGUGCUCUGGCCGGUGCUGGACCUGCGAUCGCCACACCACCGCCACUUCUCAGUGAAAUGCUACGCGCGCCUGCUCGAGACCACCACCAUGGCCACGCUGCGGCGGGUGUUUGGCGUGGCCGGCGUUCACGACGGGACGAUCCCGGGAGUGUGGGUUGAAAAGGGAGGGGGCUCUGGCUCCAACCCCUGGGCGCGCUUCGUUGCAUGCGGGCUAGCGGGGCAGGGGGUCACGUCACUUGCGAGGGAGGUUGUUGCUGCUGUGGGUGGUGAUGGGUUGGCGGGGGUGGAUGAGCGGCUUCUGGGUUUGGCUGGUGGUGGUUAUGGAAGUAGGGAGGGCGCCGUGGCGCAUGCGUGGGCUGGGGUGUUGGCGGAGGGUAUUGGGUUGGGAGAGGGCGGGGUGGAGGCCUUUGGAGGGUAG